UCUUCUACCCUGCAGUCUAGAGUAUACUCCUAAAUUUUUAUAGAUCAGCCGUUACAGGACUGACCAGUGUGAUAUAUUUUUUAAAAAAUUUUCUGUUCAAAGACUAACCACUGUGCAUUGUACCGAGCGCCAAAGAUUCUUGUCUGCUGCAGCCCGUUCGUUGGUGAUCUGUGUAGUUCGGCCGCUUCUGCCUUCUGGUCCCUGGCAAGAACACGCUCCAUGCUUGGCAGCGAAGGAAAUCUCCGGCGCCGGCGACGCUCCCUCCUCACUCCAUUACUCCAGUCAGUUACCAUUGACUCUGGCUGCAUCUGCAUGUGCAGGUGUGACGACCCUCUCUGUUUGAACUCAUGGUUGGCUUCUUCCUCAGCGAGGCCUCUCGGCAGCAAUCCGGCCAUCCACCGAGGUCACGGCGCUCUCGGAUCUGGUCAUCCACCGGCGAGAAGGGAGUGGAAGCGGAGGAGGAGGAGGAGGUUGGAGAAGAAGAUGGCCAUGUUGUGGUGGACGGCGCUGAAGAAGUCCCUGAGCUGCAAGUCGCGGGACUCCUGCGACGACGUGAUCAAGCGGGAGGACUCCCGCGGCGCCAGCGCCAGGGGCCUCAAGAAGUCGUUCCUGCCGCCGCCGUCGAUGCUGCCGAGGUCCGGGUGCUCGCGCUCCAUCUCCAACCUGCGUGACGUGAUCCACAGCCAGUACGGCGGCGGCCGGCGUCCCCGGCACUGCGACAGCCCGAGGUCGAUCGAGAGCAGCGACGUCCUCAACGCGGCGACGCACGACGUGCUGCUCGCCGCCGCCGGGGGCCCGCCGGCCGCCUCCGGGCGCGUCGACCUCCGGGCCGGCGCCGGCUUCGCCCCGGGGCUCGCCGCUUGGUCCAUCGGCGGCGCGGCGCCGCUGAGCCCGCUACUGACGCGGUGCAGCACCGCCCGUCUCUCCCAGCGCGAGGUGUCGCCGCUCCGCCGCUCAGCAGGCGCCGCUCCCGCCUGGGUCUCCUCCGGCGUCGGCGUCCGGUGCGACCGCUGCGGCGGCCGCUUCUCCAGCGACGACGCCCUGGAAUCGCAUCACCUCGCCUACCACGCCGUCACCGAGCUGGUGGACGGCGACACGGCGAGCAAGGUGGUGGAGCUCAUAUAUAGGGUGGGGUGGCCCGAUCCCGAGGCGGCGCUGGAUCGGAUCGAGAGGGUCGUCAAGGUCCACAGCAUGGACAAGUCGGUGGACAGGUUCAAGGCGUACAUGGAGGAGGUGAAGGCCAGGGCGGCGAGGCUGCCCAACAAGCACCCCCGCUGCAUCGCCGACGGCAACGAGCUGCUCCAGUUCCACGGCACCACAGUCUCCUGCUCCCUCGGCGCCAGCGGCUCGCAUAGCAUCUGCGCGUCGGGGACCUGCAACGUCUGCCGCAUCAUCCGCCACGGCUUCUCGGCGACGAGGGAGUCCAACAAGGACGGCGUCGGCGUGUUCACCACGUCCAUGAGCAAGCGUGCGCUGGAGUGCAUCGGAGGAAUAACGGGCGGCGGCGAAGAGGCCGGAACCGGAACGGGCGGCGCGAGGCACGCGCUGAUCGUGUGCAGGGCGAUCGCGGGGAGGAUCCACCGCCCGCUGGAGAACCUGCGGGACGUCGCCGGGCAGCCGGGGUUCGACUCGGUUGCCGGCCAGGUCGGCGCCGACUCCAGCAUUGAGGAGCUCUACCUGCUCAACCCGAGCGCUCUGCUCCCGUGCUUUGUGGUCAUAUGUAAAGCUUAGAUCUUAUUCUUGCGGCUGUGUGUCGCCAUCGUAGAGAAGCAUCGCAUAAGAUUUAGCUCCAUCCUAUAUUUUAAUUUCAUCGUCGAUUAAAGUUAUAGUUUAGUUCAUCACUUGAUGGAGAACACUAGGCACCAUGUUUUCCCCACAAGUUUAGUUCAUUAGUUCAUCGUUCCAUCUAGUGUACAUUCUUGUUUGUACCUUCCAGCAGUGAACCAGCGGUAGCACCAGGCCAGUUCCUGAAGUUGGAGAUCACUAAGCAUAUUCUCCUUAUAUAA